CCCGCAGGAGCCGGCUCCAGCCUGUCCGGGGCGCGGCGUGCCGAGCCCGAGCCCGAGCCCGGAAUGGAGGAAGAGGAAGAGGGGCUGAACGGCGGAGCGCAGGCCCAGCUUCAAGGCAAGGUCCUAUUUCUUACCAUAUGCGCUGCUGGGAUUGGAGGGACUUUCCAAUAUGGCUACAACAUCUCCAUCAUCAAUGCUCCAACUACAUACAUUCAAACAUUUAUAAAUGAAACAUGGCUACAACGCACAGGUGCAUCUCUGGAGAGUGGUGUGAUAUUGCUGGUGUGGUCUUUCAUUGUUUCUGUCUAUUCUCUGGGGGGACUCACUGGAGCACUCAUUGCAGGACCCAUGGCAAUCAAGCUGGGAAGGAAGACAUCCUUGCUGCUGAAUAAUGUGUUUGUGAUCAUAGCUGCAGUCUUGUCAGGAUUCAGCCGGAUGGCCAAAUCCUUCGAAAUGAUCAUGCUCGGCAGAUUUUUCAUUGGAAUCAAUGCUGGUGUAAGCAUGAACAUUCAGCCUAUGUACCUGGGGGAAAGUGCUCCCAAGAAGGUCAGAGGAGCAGUGACCUUGACUUCUGCAUCAUUUACUGCCCUGGGGUUGGUGCUGGGACAAGUUGUUGGACUUAGAGAACUAUUAGGGGGAGAGGAGAGCUGGCCUCUUCUUUUAGCUAGCAAUGUGGUGCCUGGUCUGAUCCAGCUGAUUACUCUGCCUUGGUUACCAGAAAGCCCUAGGUACCUCUUGAUUGACCGAGGUGACAAGGAAUCCUGCAUCCGUGCAUUGCAGAAGCUGAGAGGUAAUGGUGAGCUGAGCAGUGAGCUGGAGGAAAUGCUAGCAGAACAGGCUGCCAUCAAAGGUCAGAGGGCAAAGAGUCCGUGGGAGCUGUUCCAGAAUCCAGCUGUAAGAUGGCAGCUAAUAAGUAUCAUUGUGCUGAGCAGUGCCAUGCAGCUCUGUGGAAAUGACUCGAUGUAUUUUUAUGCUUCCUAUGUGUUCCAAGAGGCUGGAAUUCCAUAUGAUACAAUCCAAUAUGUCAUUAUCGGCACCGGCUGCUGCGAAUUGAUCACAGCCGUUACUUGUAAUGCAAUAAUAGAGCAUGCCGGGCGGCGGUUGCUGAUUCUGGGGGGAUACAGCCUCAUGGCAGUAUGGGCCAUCAUCUUCAUGGUUGCUUUAUCCCAGCAGAGUCAGAUUAGCUGGAUGCCUUACCUCAGCAUGGCCUGUAUUUUCGCCUAUAUCCUGAGCUUUGGAAUUGGACCAGCUGGUGUGACAGGAGUUUUGCCGACAGAGAUUUUUGAUCAAAUGUCUCGUCCAGCUGCUUACAUGAUCUGUGGCUCUCUGAUCUGGUCCAAUCUAUUUACAGUUGGAAUGGCCUUUCCAUUCAUUGUGGAAGGUCUUGCUCACUUCUGCUACCUUCCGUUCUUCACGGUUUGUGUCUGCACCGCUCUAUAUGUCGGGUUUUUUCUUCCCGAGACAAAGGGGAAGACCUUACUGGAAAUCUCCAAUGAGUUCAACAAGCGCAACUUCAAAGCUCAGACAUGUGAGAGGUUUUGGAAAGGCCCUGAGGAAAUCAAAUCCACUAUGUUAUAGUCUGGGAAUAAGUAAAGGUGGCUGGUGGUUGGAAAAUA